CUUAGCAACGGCACAGUGUUAUGGCGAUUAUCUGAGUGGAAAGUAUUUCACGGGGGGUACGAUUGGAUGUAACAAAGGACCCAUUCUUUUAAACCAAGAUGGCUCUCCAUUUUAGUGCAAACCAGUACAACAAGUCAUUCGACCCAAAACUUUUACAGAACUGGGAAGUCCCAGCACAAUACAGAGAGAGACCAAGUGCAUACACAGGUUUCACACAGAUCAAGGCAAAUGAUAGAGGUCACCUUCUCCCCGGGGUCAAGAGGUCAAGGGAAUCCCCAUGGGGAACAUUUGUUGGUACCUGGGACUUACCCCUAAAGAUACCAGGAAACAACAUGUCAAACCAAACAGCAAGGACGUUUGAUGCUGUACAAAGACUGGAUAGAUGCAAAACAGACGGAGAAAUCAUUCUGAAAGGAAAACUGAAGAAAUGCAAGAUUCCUGAUGCACUGCCAGUGAAAAUUGACGAGAAGGCUGACGCAGCAGUUGUCCCAACCCUUCUGGCACCCACAGGUAAACAUGGUUCGCCACGAUCUGGGGCCAUUUGUCCAGAACCAGUAUCAGUCAGUCCCAAAGACAUUGUCUACUCUCCCAAACCAGGUACGCCAAGCAUCAAUUGGCCCAAGCCUGGGUCCCGUGCACAAUCCGCUGCCCCCCGCCUCACCUCCCCAACGACAGGCCGACUCUUCACCCCAAAAAGGGUGCUCACACCCGGCUUUCAGACCAACGCAGCCGUCAUGGGAACUAUGGAACCAAGAAGGGACUCGCCCUGUGCAACCCCCAUUUACUGGCCCCCUCCCCGCUCUAUAGAGCCUCCUGUGUUCCCUCCCGGAGUGUAAAUACCUGUGUACCUAGCACUACAGGAGACACACAAAACACAUUUAUUAAUAGCGGUGUGUUAAAACAGAAGAGUGGAGAACAUUUUUAAGAGAGAUAGACUUUCCAUUUUUGAAAAGAAUGAUACCUAUUAAGUAUGAACCAUUUCACUUGGCACUUCAAUUUCAAUCUUAAAUUUCAAAAUUAAUUUUCUCAAAAAACUUAAUAGGUUAAUUUGACCUCGGUGAAAAUCCAAAAAAAUGGAAUAAUUCCGGACUUAAAAUUUAGUGCUGCCAUUAUAUUUGUGCUAUAGAUAGAAAAAGGAAAAUAUGACAGAAAUGAUCUACAUAAUCAUAUUCUAAAACUUAUUCUGAUUUAACCAAAAAAUCUUACUGUUAAUGAUUUAUUGUGCAAAAUGUUUCUUUUUCAAUAAAAAGAAAUAUAGCAGGUCACCUUUUCACAAUUUUUUAUUUUUUUUUAAUUUAUUAGUACGGUGUAACACACUAUAGAAUUUCAGCGUGAGAAUCCAUCAGUAUACAAAAAAACAAAAUAUUAAAUUAAUGUAUCGAUUUAAGGUUCACAAAUUUCGUUAACAUUUUUAGCAAUUUAACAAAAGUUCCCGGGACACUUUUUCACCAUUACUGUUGUUAUAAAAACGUAAACCUUGGUAUUUUGUUUCUCUCUAUUUUGUCUCUACAGUAGAACUGUAAAGUUUAUAGUUCAGAUUCAUAGAGAUUAUCAUUCUGUGUUGCCAUAUACGUACGUUUUGUAUACACUUAACUGUGAUAUCUCGAUUAGUCAGCCGUCCAUCUGGGAAGUUAAAUCAAGUACAUUUUUUUAUGGAAGUACAUUCCUGUUUACACUAAGCUGCUGUAUGUGUGAGCACACACCUACAAGGUCAAUGUCAGAAUUUUACCGUUACGUUCGAAAAUAUGUAUUUAUGUGGUGUCGUGAUAAAUUAUGAUAAGUGUUUUACAAGUUAAAAUGUCUGGACAUUUAAAGGGAAAAUACUUGUCUUGAAUGUACGUAAAAAAGUAUAUUAAUAAUUUGUUUAUAAUUGACUGUAAAGUUGUUUGAAUUUCUGAAACUAUAUUUUGGAGAUCUAUCGAAGUAGAUCUGUCAAACAGGUAUUUUUACCAGUAAGAAUCUUUCAGUAAAAAUCCUCAGCAAUUUAUUAUUCAGUUUAUGAAAUCAAUUUCAACAUUUUUAUAAAAAAAUCUAACUGCUGUGAUAUUUUCUUCACUUAUUUUCCUCAGAGGAAAUUUUAGAAGAUAGUGAUUUGACGCUUAGAUAAUAUAUAAUCAGUGAUUUUAUGUAUUAGAGAGUAGCUGUGCUAAUUGUAAAAAACAAGUUCUGUUAAGAAAUUUUCUUUUUUUUUUCUUAAUUUUGUUUUCUUAAAAAAAAUGUUGUCAAUAUUUAAAAAAAGAAUAUUUAUUCAAGAUCUAGAAUCAGUUCUAUACACGAAGCAAAUUUAUAUCAUUAAUGUUUAUAUUGAAAAAGUUUUUAAAUUAAUGGAAGAUAUAGAGUAUAUGUUUAAUCUAUGUCAUUCAAUUUUUUAUGUUAAAUAUGAGAUUGGUAAUAAAAUGUCUUUAUUCAAUUUUCAGAAUUUCUUGUUCUGUUAAAUUUCCCUUGAAUUGUGAUACUGUAAACCACUUAUUUUUUACGAUUGCUUUGCAAGGGUAUUUAUUUUCAGUAUGAACAAAAACAGAUCCUAUUUGUGUUAUUUUAAUUUAUUAGUGACUCUGUUCUUGAAUUAAUAUGAAAUUAAAUUAUGUUCACUACAAAAUAAAUGUGGUUUACAGUUGUGAUAUAUAUGGUAAUACGUCUAUUUGGAAAGAAAAAAAAUCAAAAUUGGGUAAUCUGACAUCUGCAUUUCGUAUAGUGAAAGAUUACAAAAGGCUUU